AUGGCCGUCGGCCUGACGCCCGGCGGUACCACUGCCAGCUUGGGCCAGCGCCACGCCGCUGAAGAAGAGGCCCGCGCCGAGGUCGAUGUGUUGAGCUCGCGCCUCGAGAAGACAUCACAGCUGACCAAGAAGAUCGAGGCUUGCCUCAACCGCCUCGAUGCCACGGGCAAGAGCGUACGCGAGGUGGCCGGGCCACUGAGCGGCGAGACCAAGCGGCUGCAGACCUUGGGGAACAACAUUGAAAGCGUCAUUGCGGCAAUUGAACGGCUGCGCCAGCCCGCCGAGAACAAGAACGAAGAGGAGCUCAUCAUCCGCGCCGGCCCCGAAAAGGCCGGCCUGUCCAAGUACCUCUCGUCCGUACAGCGCCUCGACCGCUCCCUCAACGAAAUGAAGGCGUCCAACAUCCGCUCGACGCAGCAGACGAUUGGCGAACUGCAGCGCAUCACUUCGUCCGCCAAUGCCCAGCUUGAGAGCUACUUUGACCAGCUGCUGCGCGUUGAGACUCCACCCGAGAUCGAGCCGCUGCACUUUGCCACCAAGAACAAACCCUUCCCAUUGCUGACCCAAUACACGACAUCGCGUCUCGGCCUUAUCAAUGCUCACCUGGCCGCUUCGGUGCGGAAUAAUGGCAGUGGUGCUGGGGUGGGUGGCCCUGCCAGUUCCUCAAUGCUGUCCGCCGGUUCUGCCAACCAAGACUCGCCCGUGGCCCGCAUCUAUGCCGACAUCCGGGGACCGUAUCUCGCCAACACUCUCAAGAAUCUGGCCGCCGCCAGUGUCAGUACGACCAAGAAAAAGACCGCCGACGCCAUCUACCGCUCCGGCACCAGCGGCAUCGGCAUGUACGCCCAGUCCAUGGAGGGUAUGUUUUUGGCCGAGCACGAAAACAUUUGCAGUAUCUUUACGCGCGACGACUGGGCCCCCGUCUUCCAGGGCACCUGCCAAAAUGCACUGAACGAACUUGCCCGCACCCUGCGCGAGCUCAACAGCCACAUCAAGACCCAUCCGCAGACCGACUGCUACCUGGCCUACGAGGUCGUCGAGAUCAUCUCGGGCCUGUCGAACAAGCUCGAGACUCGGACUGGUGAGCUCAAGUCGGCCCUGGCCGCAUCCCUCAAGCCCGUCCGCGACACGGCCAAGUCGUCGCUGGGCGAGCUGCUCGAAGACACUAAGCGCCGCGUCACGGCACUGCCGACGCUGCCGCUGGACGGCGGACCUGUGCCCAUUGUCUCCGAGACCAUGCAACGCCUGCAGACCAUGGUGGAUUUCCUGCGGCCCAUCUCGAGCAUUAUGAUCUCGCUGGGCGACGGUGGGUGGCGGGCAGGUGCCGCACCACGUGGAGGCGGUGGAGGCGGUGCGUCGGAUGCCAUUCCCAGCCUGGCCUCCUUUGACGUCGGCGCCGACGGCCGCGAGAUCUUUGCACACUACUGUACCGACACCAUUGACGGCCUGCUUUCGGCGCUCGAUGCGCGCGCGCGCGCGUCCCAGGGUCGCAAGCCUGUGGUUGGCGUGUUCCUCGCAAACAGCAUCGCCAUCAUCGAGCGCAUGAUCCGCGACUCGGACCUCACGUCCCUCUUGGAAACGCGCCAGGCCAGUGUGUUGGAGCCGUGGCGGAAAAAGGCCACUGUGCUUUACACCGAGACCUGCAAGGACGUGUCGAUGCACCUCUUUGAUGUGAUCCACACAAACCGUGCCGGCGGUGGCGGUGGCGGCGGCGGUGGGCGGCCUGCUUCGAGCCAAAACGGCGUGGACUCAUCGUCGAUUGUGCGCGGCCUGUCGUCCAAGGACAAGGAGAACAUCAAGGGCAAGUUUACAGCGUUUAACCUGUCCUUUGACGACAUGGUGGCCAAGCACCGCUCGUUUAGCAUGGAGCGCGAGGUGCGCCAGGCGUUUGCCCGUGACAUUCAGCAGAUGCUCGAGCCGCUGUACAACCGGUUCUGGGACCGUUAUCACGAAAUCGACAAGGGCAAGGGCAAAUAUGUCAAGUACGACAAGGCGAGCAUCUCGGCUGUGUUUGUGAGCCUGUACUAG